UUUGGCUACAACAAAUCUCAACCAUGAGAUUUAUUAAUCUUAUGAGAACUAAUUUUGGGAAGACUGAUCAUGUAAAAUUAGCGAGCUCAUAUUAUUAGGCCAUGUCUUGGACCCCUUAUUAUGGCUUAGGCUUUUUGCCAUGGGUUUCAAAACCCUUCACCAAAUAUUUGUUACGGUUUAUGCUCAUUAUGGGUCCUUGGGCUGAGAAACACACAUGAAUCCAUAAGAACUUUGUCCCAAAAAAGACCCACGAUUGUAACUGAAAUUUGAUUCAUCAUUCAUUUUCAGACAGUCAGAAGCAGCAUUUGUGCCGGCACUUGGGAACUUGAGUUGACUUGAGCCUUUUCAACAGCCAGCAGAACCGACCGUUUCUCAGAUUCAUUCAGAAGAAGCUACCAUCUACCUGUUGCAACUCUGAAAAACCAGUGCUUUCUCAAAUGGAAUCAGAUACAGUAGAGCACAAUGGAGGAUGCCAUUGCAGGAGAGUAAGAUGGCGAGUCCAAGCACCAAGUAGUGUUGUAGCUUGGCAAUGCAAUUGUUCAGAUUGUUCCAUGAGGGGCAACAUAUCCUUCAUUAUCCCUUCUGAGAAGUUUGAGCUUCUGGGAGAUUCCAAAGAAUUCCUUACGACCUACACCUUUGGCACGCAUACGGCAAAGCACACAUUCUGUAAGGUUUGUGGCAUAACUUCGUUUUUCAUUCCACGAUCAAAUCCAGAUGACGUCGCAGUUACAUUCAAAUGCGUUGACCCAGGGACUCUCAAUGAUGUUGAGAUUAAGCACUAUGAUGGGAUUAAUUGGGAAAGCUCAUACAAACAGACAGGCAUUGCUUCAUGCUCUAAAGGUGCGGACUGAAGGGCCACUCUUUCUACAACCACUGUCCUCUGCUUCCCUUCCUAUAGGCAAAGUACAACAUUUUGACAAUACCUUCUGCUGCUAACAGAUUGCAGACUUUCACAUAAUGCGCAUACUUGGCCAUUUUGCAUUUCAAUAAAAGUUUCUCUUUCAUUCAAGUAAGCCUGUCUCUGCUCUAAUAGCAAAUGUUGUGAUAUCGCUUUUUUGGAACAUUCAAUUUAGCAAAGGAGGUGUUGUCAAUAGGCCAAAACUUGUGGUCUUCGACUCUUCGCCCUGUUUCCUUCUGUUGCUAUGGACACGCUAAGGCUAUGGUUUCUCUAGCCACAGCCUUUGCCGCGUGAAUCUUGUUACUUGAAAUAAAAAAUAAAAAAAAUUCAAGGAGUGCUAA